GCGGCCCCCACCGAUGGCCUCUGCUGCUGCCCUCAUGCCCGGCGGGAGGCUGCUGAUCAAGCAGGAGCGCGAGGACGAGGAGGGGCCAUCGUCACCGCCACCGCCAUCGUCGCCGCCACCGCCGCCAUGCGGUGAUGGCGGCGGCGCCUGGCCGGGCCUCGUCGUGAAGCGUGAAGGUGGCGACGAUGUUGAUGGCGAUGACGGCGAUGGAGGAGGCUGGGCUCGCGGCCACACGGAGAAUCCGGAUGAGGGGCUGAGGGACUUUUCAUCGAUUGAAGCCGACGCCGCGGCCGCCCCCCGAGACGUGGCGGCCCCCCGCAAGCGCAGGAGGCCCAGGGAGAAGAAGACGAUCGAGGCGGCGGUGCGCCGGAUGGCGGCGGGCGCCUGCCCGGCCCGGCCCGGCGGCGGGGCGGCGCGGCGCGAGACGCGUCCCUCCGUGGUGGCCGUGGGGCCUGACUGCGGCUGCAAGCGCGAGUGCUUCGCCAAGGUGGACGAGGACUACCGCCGGGAGAUCUGCUCCCACUUCUGGCGGGAGCUGGGCCGCGGCGGCUACGACGCACAGACGGCGUACCUCUUCGGCAGGAUCCUGGUGCAGGACGUGAAGCGGCGCUAUUCCAAGAGCGCCCGGGACAAGCGCUCGUGCAGCGUCGCCUACCACGUCGCCACGCCGGCGGGCGGAGGGGGGGGCGGAGGAGGAGGCGACGUGCAGGUGUGCAAGAAGGCGUUCGCGAGCAUCUACGGGAUAUCGCGCGGCCGCAUCGACGUGCUCGUGUCCAAGAAGAAGAAGAUGGUGGCGAGGGGAGAGGCGCCCGCGGCGGCGGCGGCGACGGCGGCGGCGGUGACGGCGGCGGUGACGGCGGCGGCGGCGGCGACCGCGGUGACGUCGCCGCUGCCACGCGACCGCCGGGGCCUACGCAAGGGCCGUCCGCGAGCCCUCGCCGAAAUUCUUCGCUUCCGGGCCGCGGCUGAGACUGCCGCCGCCGGUUUCAAGAGUCAGCCGAGGGAGCAGCGGCCCUGACGCUCCCCGCGGAUCGUCGCGGCGCCGUCACCACGGCGAGCUGCGUCCGGCGCGGCCGUCCGGAACGCUCUCUCCCGCUCCGGGAGCUGCGAUGCACUUUGACGUCGUCGUCGUCGGCAUUGUCGUCUAAGUUGACAAACUCGUUUCUUUAGAAAUGAUUUUUUUUGCGUUUGGUUUGUUGUCCACCUUUCCUCCCCCCCCCCCGCGCACCUCCGAUGAGCAUGGUCGGUUACGUACGGUGCGAAAGAAGUUCAACGCACAUACAUACACAGAGACCCACAGACACCCAGACCCAUAGAGACCCACAGGUUAGCACGGUUGGCUACGUACAGUGUGCAAAAGAAGUUCAACAUACAGACACACACAGAGACCCACAGACACCCAGACCCAUAGAAACCCACAGAGACCCACAGAGACCCACAGGUUAGCACGGUUGGCUACGUACAGUGUGCAAGAAGAUCAACGCACAUACACACACAGAGACCCACAGACACCUAUGAAGGCCGGCACGGCACACGAGGGGGUGGCCAACACCACGUCUGGCCGCCUUUGACUCCCUAGUGGCGAUGUUUACACAGCGCACCAGGUACUAAUUUGAGGCUGAGUCGAUCUAGGGGAGGCCCAGGACCGGUUCAGAUAAUCGCCACUGGUGUUUGCUGUGAGCUGGAAUCGAACCCGGGUCGCCAGGUUCGUAGCGCAGCGUAGCGCUAACCGCUACGCUACCGCUCCCCACAACAUACAACAUACACAGAGACCCACAGAAACAUAUAUCCACAGACCCACAGACACCCACAGAGACAUCUAUAGAGACCCAUAGAGACCCACAGAUUAGCACGGUUGUCUACAUACAGUUCCAAAGAAUUUCAACGUACAUACAGAUACCCAGACACCCAAACCCAUAGAGACCCACAGAGAGGCACAGAUUAGAGCGGUUGGCACACGUAAGGCAGUGCGAAAGAAGUUCAACAAACAACCGCCAUUUGCCACUAAGUGGCGUUGACGUCACCACGACGCUUGUGCCAGGCUAUGUGCACCUUGAGGCCACGUGAAGUGUCGAACGCCCGCUGGCAGGAGGUCACGGGGCAGACCCAGCAGGUGCCACGGGUCGACUGACUGAGAUGACCGAGAUGACUGGCUGAUGCACCACCUGUGCCGCCUACUGUGCCAACUUGCUGUGCUUUAGCCACACGGCGCUCCGCUCAUUGUUGUGAGCGUCGCUCCUCCACCCUCCGUUGUUGUUGGAGGCCGACUGCCUCCAACUGCCCAGUAGCGUCCUUCACGAGCUUCCUCCACAGAGGCCGAUCUUGACACCGCUGGUACCGGUCAUCGUCAAGUCCACUCAGACAGAGACCCAUAGACACCCAGACCCACAGAGACCCACAGAGACCCACAGAGACCCACAGGUUAGCGCGUUUGUGCCACAUACGGUGGUGCGAAAGAAGUAGAGUGCGUACGAAACCGUUCACUCGACCGACCAUCGCUUCAAUUGCCCGACCGAAUGUGGGAGGAGCGCGAUGAUCGUUGGCAUGGGCUCGCCGCUGUUCUCUCUCGUGUGUGUGCCUCUGGAAGGGAGGUGAUGGCCGGGGCUUCGCGACCAGCAUCGCCAUCAUCAGCCGCGUCGUGGCUUGUCUGGUUGGGAGGGGUUGGGUGGUGCGUAGGGGCGGCCGCCAUUUUGUUUUUACAGGGGCCUGAGUAAGGGGCCGUUUAUAAAUGACGUCACGCACCUGG